AUGGAUCAACAAACAGCCCCCUCCCCAGCACAGGCUUCCACGCCUGGCGGUGCUUCCUUCCCCAUCCGUCCACCCAUGCCAGGAGGCCAGCCACCUGUCAACAUGAUGCUCGACGACGAGAACAAGCGCCAGAUGCUACUCAACAUGGACCCUCAGCGCAUCCACACUCUGCGUAAACGUGUCGCCGAGCUGCAGUCCACUGGACUUACGAGGGAGACGUCGAGCGAGAUGGCGCGCUCUAUGAUGGUCCUCACCUUGCACCAGCGCGCCAUCCAGAUGGAGGCCGAGAAGAAAAAGGCUCAGGCCGAAGGUGGGGACGCUGUGCCUGCUGCACCCAGCCCAACGAGUAAGUUGCCACCGCGUGCAAUGCUCAUCGCUGCACAACAACAACAGGGCCAGCACGUCGCUCUCACUCCGGCUCAGAUCGCGCAGGUCCGCUCUCAGGCCCAGUCGUAUCACCUCCUCGCCCGUAACCAGCCCGUCCCGGGGUACCUCCAGCAGGCGGCGCAGGGGACGCAACCCGUAACCCCAACAUCAGCCACUAUUGAGAACAAGGUCGUGGACAAGACGGUCGAGGUGGUCGUCGAGGCCAACCUCCCCAACGAGGCACCGUACGCGAUGGAGUUUGACCAAUCGUCUAUCAUCUACCCCUACAACGCGUACAUCCACCCCUCAGUGUACGCAAACCGCAAGUUUGAUGACGAGAUUACCCACCCGCAGACGAAGCUGCAGCGGAUGCUGGUGCCAUCCAUGGCGCCGCGUGGCCUGGACCACAAUAUUCUGAUGGACGAGCGCAAUCGCUUCGUCGAGACGCGCAUGGCGUGGCGCAUGAAGGAGCUCGAAGAGCUUGACUCGACCACAGGCCUGGGCACGUCGGGUGCGGCUGACGUGCCCGGUGUCACGGACGAGACAUCACUUCCUGAUCCCAAGCUUGGAAUGCAGGCCCGCAUCGAGCUCCUAAGCCUUCGUCUCCUUGGUAAGCAGCGCCUGCUGCGUGAGGACCUCGUGCGGGCCAUGCAUGGUUCGACGCAGAUCCCCGCCGACCGUUCGCAGUUCCGACGCUUCCGCACGCACACGCUGCGCGACGCGCUGGCGACCGAGACUGCGGAGCGGCGGCAGCGGACGGAGCGUGAACAACGCGGCAAACAGCGCCACCUCGCGUACAUCAAUUCGAUCAUUGAUCACGGCCAGAACGUCAUCAAUGCGGGUUCGACGAGCAACCGCGGCUCUGGCGCGGACAAGAUGAAGCGCCUCGGCAAAGCCAUCCUGCGCAUGCACAAUGAGAUCGAGAAAGAGGAGCAGCGUCGCGUCGAGCGUCUCGCCAAGGAGCGUCUCAAGGCGCUCAAGAACGAUGACGAAGACGCUUACCUCGCCCUUCUGGGCGAGGCCAAGGACUCGCGUAUCGGCCACCUGUUGCAGCAGACCGACCAGUUCUUGGAGACGCUCGCUGCUGCUGUCGUCGACCAGCAGAACGAUGCUGUCCACCGCGAUGAGGUACCUAUGCAACUUCCCUUCGAAGUCGAAGAAGGCCCUGCCUCCGAGGCCAUGUUCGGCGCGCGUCGCCAGGACGGCGAGGAGGACGACGCCGAGCGCAAGUCGGGCAAGGUCGACUACUACGCGGUUGCGCACCGCAUCCAGGAGAAGGUUACGAAGCAGGCGUCGAUCCUCUCGGGCGGCACGCUUAAGGACUACCAAGUCAAGGGUCUGCAGUGGAUGAUCUCGCUCUACAACAACCGCCUCAACGGUAUUCUCGCCGACGAAAUGGGUCUCGGCAAGACCAUCCAAACCAUUUCACUCAUCACCUACCUCAUUGAGAAAAAGCACUCGGCGGGGCCGUUCAUCGUCAUUGUUCCUCUAUCCACCCUCACCAACUGGACGCUCGAGUUCGAGCGCUGGGCACCCUCGGUGCGCACUCUCAUUUUGAAGGGUUCGCCUGCCGUCCGUCGCGACCUGUACCCGCGCAUUCGGGCGGUUGACUUCCAGGUCUGCCUGACCACGUACGAGUACAUCAUCAAGGAGCGCCCACUCCUCGCCAAGAUCAAGUGGGUGCACAUGAUCAUCGACGAGGGUCACCGUCUCAAGAACAUCAAGUCGAAGCUCUCGCAGACCCUCAACGAGUACUACUCGACUCGCUACCGCCUGAUUCUCACCGGUACCCCGCUGCAGAACAAUCUGCCCGAGCUGUGGGCGCUGCUCAACUUCGUCCUGCCCAAAAUCUUCAACUCGGUCAAGUCGUUUGACGAGUGGUUCAACGCGCCAUUCGCUAACACGGGUGGCCAGGAGAAGAUGGAGAUGAACGAAGAAGAGGCUCUCCUCGUCGUCAAGCGUCUCCACAAGGUCUUGCGUCCUUUCCUCCUCCGUCGUCUCAAGAAGGACGUCGAGUCCGAGCUCCCGGACAAGGUCGAAAAGGUCAUCUACACGAAAAUGUCCGCAUUGCAAUGGAAGCUGUACGAGAGCGUCAAGAAGUACAAGACUCUCCCGACCGACUUGUCGUCCGGCAAGCCCCGGCGCCAAGCAAACCUUCAGAACGCCAUCAUGCAGCUCCGCAAGAUCUGCAACCACCCCUUCGUUUUCCGCGAGGUAGAUGAAGACUUCUCGACCGGCAACCACGUCGACGAGCAGAUAGUGCGGACAGCGGGAAAGUUCGAGCUACUCGACCGCAUCCUGCCCAAGCUGUUCGCGACCGGCCAUCGAGUUCUCAUCUUCUUCCAGAUGACGGAGAUCAUGUCCAUCAUCGCCGACUACUUUGACUACCGCGGGUGGAAGUACUGCCGUCUCGACGGUUCCACUAAGGCCGAUGAGCGUCAGCAGCUGCUGUCAACCUUCAACGACCCCGACUCUCCCUACCAGGUCUUCAUCCUCUCCACGCGUGCGGGUGGUCUCGGUCUCAACCUGCAGUCUGCAGACACUGUCAUCAUCUACGACACGGACUGGAACCCGCACGCCGACUUGCAGGCGCAAGACCGUGCCCACCGUAUCGGUCAGAAGAAGGAGGUGCGCGUGUUACGUCUCAUCUCGAGCGGCACUGUCGAGGAGCUGGUGUUGCAGCGUGCGCAGGCCAAGCUCGAGAUCGACGGCAAAGUCAUCCAGGCUGGUAAAUUCGACGACAUUACGACGAACGCCGAGUACGAGGCAUACAUCGCUAAGGCGUUCGAGCAAGCUGCGGACGAGGAGGAAGAGGAAACGAACGAGCUCGACGAUGAGGAGCUGAACGAGCUCCUUGCUCGUGGAGAUCACGAACUCGAGAUCUUCCAGCGCAUGGACAAUGAACGCGCUGCGAACAAGAUCGCCGACUGGAAGGAAGCCGGCAACAAGGGCCCACUUCCUCCGCCACUCAUGCAGGAGUCGGAGCUCCCGCCGUUCUACCGCCGCGACAUCGGCCAGGAGAUGGCAGAGCAGGUCGCCUCGCAGGACGACCAAGGUCGCGGGCGCCGCGCGAAGGCCGAUGUGCGGUACACGGACGGUCUCACAGACGACCAGUUCAUCAACGCCCUCGAGGACAGCGACGAUGACAUCGACUCUGCUGCUCAGCGCAAGCGGGCGAGAGCGGAACGUAAGGCUGAGCGCAAGCGCCAGAACGAGGUACUCGCACAGGCCGAGGCCGAGGGCAAGCCUCUGUCAUCGGUCAUCACGUCGCUCAAGGCGGAGGCCGCCGAAGGGGUCGCCAAGAAGAAGCGUGGGCGGCCAAGCAAGAGUGCGACGCCGGGUCCGGGAGACGAGACACCACAGAAACGCCGCAAGAUUACCGCGACCAACGCACGCAGCCCCGAGGAGCGGCAGAUGGUCAAGAAGUUGUUCGAGGAGGUCAACACGCUCGUCGACGACGGGACAGGCGAGCAUUGGAACGUGUAUUUCUUAUCGCCGGUUGACCGCAAGAUCUACCCCGAUUACUACUCCAUCAUCCAGCAGCCGAUUGCGAUGUCGCAGAUCAAGCGCAAGUUCACGCAGGCGGCAUACGGCCUGAACGAGCUCACGGCUGACCUGCGUCUUCUGUGGUCGAACGCGCGGACGUACAACACCGAAGGAUCAUGGGUCUACAACGCGGCCGACGCAAUGGAGAGUUACUACGAUAGGCGACUUGCGGAAGAGCUGCCCAAGUUCCCAUCUGGGGAGGGCGUAGCCGGCACUGAAGAGACAACGCCUGCUGCCAGUGGCACGAGCACACCGAUGUACAAGGGCCCGGCCGCGGUCAGCACCAAGAUCAAGCUUAACGUUGGUGCCGCGCGCCGCCAUGAGAUGGUCGACAGCGACGCAUCGCCGGCUCCUCCUCCGGACGACGACGACGACGAUGACGACGACGACGACUACUAG